CGGGGUUGGAGUCGUCUGCGGCUGCACCUCUAAAGGCGCUGCCAGUCGAGUCGUGUGUUUCCUGCUCUUCGUCGUCUCCGCGGGUUCUCCGGAUCUUCGCAACCCCGCCAGCAUGUCUCAGAACACUGAAAUAGAGGUCAGCGCUGGACGCCCAGCCCCAGGGGGCGGGAGUCCAACGGGCUCCGGUCGCUGACACCUCCGUACUCAAACCCCGUCUCCUUCUCAACUGUUUGAAACACGCUGUGCUAGCCCUAUCCGCAAGUCAGGGCUUUACUGAGACCCCGGCCUGACCCAGGGGUGGUCAGGCAGUUGACCACGCUUUUUCAGUGAAGUAUAUGCCUCCUGCAGGCACUCCUAGCCUGCUUCCUUCACCAUUGUGUUUCCAGCACCUGGUACCUGGUAUGGCUGAGUUUGACAAAGCUGCUGAGGAUGUUAAGCACCUCAAGACCAAACCAGCAGAUGAUGAGAUGUUGUUCAUCUACAGCCACUACAAACAAGCAACUGUGGGUGACAUAAACACAGAACGGCCUGGGCUGUUGGAUCUCAAAGGCAAGGCCAAGUGGGAUGCCUGGAAUCAUCUGAAAGGGACUUCCAAGGAAGACGCCAUGAAAGCUUACAUCAACAAAGUAGAAGAACUAAAGAAAAAAUAUGGAAUAUAACAGACUGGAUUUGGCUGCCAACACUGCAUAUCAUCUAAACCGAUCUAAUGCCUUUCUUUUCUAAUACUGUGGAUGACAUGAAAUAAUGCAAAUAGCCUGUUAGCCUAGGUCCUGAAGACCGCACAGGGCAUGGUUCCAACAGAGUAGGGCCUGCCAUGGUUACUGACCUGCGCUGAGUAGUUUUUAUCCGUAGAUCUAUUAAAAGCACAUUUGUUACUUUAA